UUUGACAGCUUGCGUUGCGUCGUGUUUGUGGCUGGCUCUCGAAAAAUUUAGCGAUAUCAUAAUCGCCUCGGAAGUGUUUUCCUACCAGGAAGUGUUUUCGUGAAUCUCGGGCCAUUUUAGUGGAAAAAAGUGAAUCUCAUCUCCCGUUGUGUGCAAAAAUGGUCUAAUUUCGUUGCUGGCAGUGCGCGGUGCUCCCCUCGGGUGGAAUAUGCGUGCUUUCGAUGGGAGACAAUGUCCAUCACCAAGAUGCAAUGACUUCGAAUAACAGCAGCAGCUCCAGUAAUCCAAUACCAAGUACGGCCAGUGGGAAUAGCUUGGUUCCAUGUAUUACUAACAGUAAUAGCAGCAGCAGUAGCACCUCGACCACCACCGCCACCAGCACUUCCGAUAGCUCCUCGUCUGCUGGGGGAGCUGCGGGUGUUUUUACGACUAGCACCUCUAUCAGCACCACCUCCACUGCUAUAGAGCCACCUACCCUUUGCGUUCGAAGUAGCUCCGCCACGUCCAACAUUACUGAUAAGUCCGAUAACGAUAAUGUGGACACUGCUGGGAGCAAGUCGAGCGAUAGUGGCAAUUUGGCCUCCGCAGUAGACGGAGCCAAAGCGGACAAGGGAACCGACAAGAACUCCAAAUCUCAGAAGAAUCUAACCGAGAGGGCGAAGAAAACCCCCUGGUAUAAUGCAAUUUAUCCGUCGUACAAAUCGCGAACCGAAGAUUUUAAGAAACUGUUUAAAGAAGUGUCCGACGACGAGCGGCUGAUCGUGGACUAUUCCUGUGCGAUCCAGAAGGACAUCCUGGUGCAUGGCCGGUUGUAUGUUACGCAAAAUUAUCUGUGCUUUCACGCGAACAUAAUCGUCUGGGAGACGCGGCUUUCGAUCCGCUGGAAGGACGUUACGUCAAUUACCAAAGAGAAGACGGCGCGAGUGAUUCCGAAUGCGAUAUCGGUCUGUACUGGAAAUGAGAAGCACUUCCUCACCUCGUUCACUUCGCGCGACAAAACCUAUCUUAUGCUGUUUCGGGUGUGGCAAAAUGCGUUGAUGGAAAAACCGAUUAACCCUCAGGAGCUUUGGCAGUGGGUUCACACGUGUUACGGAGACCAGUUGGGGCUGACCAGCGACGACGAAGAUUACAUCGAUCCGUACGAUAAGAAUACGGAGGGCAAUUGUACCGUCGCCAUCGUUGGGGACUCGCUUGUAGAAGAUCUCGCUAUUAUUAAGGACGUCGUCCAUCUCUCGGACGAACCGACUACGACUAUCAUCAUGGUGGCCAAGGAAUCGAAAUCGAAGAAAACGGCCCACGCGAAGGCCGCCUUCAAUCCGGACAGCAACAUGUCCACCCCAUCCGAACUCCUUCCGACGGACAUGUCCGACUCGACAGACUCCGCGCCGGAGGAGGAGUUCUUUGCCGGGGUCGAGUGCAAUUCGCUACAUUCCGGACGCCAGCUGGUGCACACCAUUCUUCCCAUUAACGUUGACAUUCUAUUUGAGCUGCUUUUCUCCAAGUCUAAAUUUUUGACCGAGUUUCACAAUACGCGUAAAACUACGGAUAUGAUCCACGGCGAGUGGAAGGUGAACAAGGACGGGCUGAAGGAACGGGUCGUCUGUUUGACCAUUGCCAUCACGCAAACUAUUGGGCCGAGGAGUGCACAGGUGACGGAAACGCAAGUCAUGCGCGACUGCAGCAAACCGGGCCAGCUCUACUCGAUCGAUGUCAGCGCAGUCCAGGGUGGCAUUCCGUACGCCGACAGUUUCUACGUCACCCAGCACUACUGUAUGUCCCGCACCAAGGACGACCACACGGUGCUCUCCGUGCACGCUCAAAUCCACUACAAGAAGAACAUUUUCGGCUUCGUGCGUGGCUUCAUCGAGAAGAACACGUGGGUCGGACUGGAGGAUUUUUACAACGCUCUGCUCCGAAGCCUCCAGAGCGAAUACUGCAUUCCACCGGCCAAGAGCAAAAGCCGUCGAUCUCGAAAACCUGCACCCUCGCAGCAUGCCAAAGUACAGGAGGAACCGGCAGUUCUGCGGAGUGCUCCCCUCCUCCCAACGGCAGCCGCGGCCAGUGCUUCCUCCAAACCUACCGCCCCGCAAACGUUCUUCUCCUGGUUCGUUGUGAUUUUGUUAGUGAUCUUACUAUCUAUAAAUGUUGCACUGUAUGUUAAACUGUGGAAUUUGGAGGGCGAAAACGAAAGCCUGUUCCGGGCGGACACGGCUGCCGCGGCCAUGGACCAGAAGAUUUUGAAAAAUCCCCCCCAGACGCAUGCCGAUUGGCUCGCGCUGCUGCACGAGCAGGAAACCAAGCACGCCAAGGAAAUGAUCAAAUGGCAGCAGGUUUUGCACACAGUGACCGAUCUCCUUAGGAAGGUAAGCAGUAUUUGUGAGAAUAUUCCGACUAAUGUUACUAGUAGUGAUCAAACGCACCCGCCACAGCAACAGCAAGAAGCUUUCGGCAUGGACGAAUUGUAGAGUACCUAUACCUAUUAUUAUUAUAAUAACGCACGGUAAAAGUUGUGAAAAGGUAAUAAAGUUUAAAUUUGACUAUAGAUGAUAUAAUCAUAGUAGGGGAAAA